UGAUAUCAUGUAAUAUGGCGGAUUGAAAAAAUUUGAAUAGUGUUGUGGUUACGGACGAAAUUUUGUCCUCAAAAAGGAAUAAAUGUCUGCAAAGCAGAAAAAGAUAGGAAACGCCAAUUCAAAUUCUAUAGAGAAAGCUGCCAAAUCCAUAUCAUCUUGCACAGACCAUGUUAAGGAAACUUUCAUAUUGGCAAGUCAUAGCUUACACGGAACAAUCUUAAAUAUUCACAGCAGAUUUGUGCCUCCUGUUUUUGUUCGGCAAAUGGAUUAUAUUAUUUGGUGAUUUAGGAAAAUUAAGAGGAGAAUUUUUAUACAUAUACCAUAUAUAUUAUUUUGCAAAAAGUUAUAAUUCAAAUUGCUGGCAUCCUUUGUAACAAAUAGAAUUCUCUUUUUGGUGAAUCAAAUAUGGCAACAGACUCAUGGAAGGUCUCAGGACUAUGGUAUCAGUGACCAUUACCUUUCAAAUGGUGUUCAUGUAUUACACAGGGAAACAGGUGUCAUUGAAAAACUUUGUCAAAGAUAUGGCUUUAUUGAGUGUGCUGAACAGGAUCUUCGAGUGUUCUUUCAUUACAGUCAGUACAAAGGACAUUCAAGUGAACUGUAACUUGGUGGAAUUGUUUUUUCUUCCACAUUAUCAAGCUGGUGUUUUAUCAAAGUCUCACAUCUACAAAGGUGAUAUUGUGUCUUUUUACAUCCUGGAAAGCAAAAGAAAUGGACAAUGCUGUGCCGUGGAGUUGUUGCUGCUCGAAGCUUUGCCUCCUGUUUACGUUCAAGGAAUUGUCUGCUCGCUCAAGGAAUCGUUUGGUUUCAUCGACAGAGCUGACAAAGUGAACGAGGUAAAGAAGUUGCAGUCUCAGUGGAGCGUCUACCAGAAGGUACAGUGAAAUUUGAUGAUGUGAGCAAAGACACAUUUCAAGGCACCAUCGAGAAAGUACAUUGUCGGACAAAAGACAGGAACCGUUAAAUGGUGUGAUAUUGUACAACACAAGCAAUGGUAGUUCACAGCUGCCAUAUUGGGAGAAAGAUGUCUUGGGGGAGUUCACCGUCUUGACUUGGGAUGUUGUUGGUUUUAAAAUUGCUACAGCCACUCAGUCAAGCGAUACAUCUCUCUUCUUUUCGUGCAGAUCGGCGUGAUUCUUUAAGAAGAGCAACGGAAAUUCAUCUCAUCAAGGAAGUGGAAAGCAGCAAUGGAUGCAAUG